AUGGCAUCCCCCAUGCGCAAGAGCCGGGCAUGGCUGGCGCUGCUGGUAGGAUGCUGCACAGUUCACAGCGGCUUGUUCGUGCUGCCUGCGGCUGCACCCCCCCGCCCUGCGACCCGACCACAGGGCCCAACAUAUGCAGCGCUGACGGCGGGAACUUCCCCAGAAGCUUUGGCGAUGCGAAAGUCGCGGAUAGCGGGGCGACCCAACAAGACGCCAGCCACAGCCAGGGGAGUAGGAAGGACGCUGAAGAUCAUGCUGGGAGUUCCCUCCCUCCUGGCUGUGUUUAGCUUCCUGAUGGUCUUGAGAGGCUACAAGACCAUGGAAACCAAUGGGGACGCCAUGCAAGAGAAGUGGUCCAGCUUUGCCAGGAAGCCCGGACAGCGUAUGCUGUCGCUCAUGGCGGGCGCCGUCCGUGUGGGUCUCAUAGCCCUGCGCGCCAAACUCAUCCGAGACCCGGAGAAGAAGUCAGCCAUGCACACCAAGGCGGGCAAACGCGCUGUGACAGAGCUUGUCAGAUUGGGACCCACCUAUGUGAAGUUGGGUCAGAUUUUGUCCUGCAGAGAAGAUCUGGUGCCGAAGGAGUACAUCAAUGAGCUGAAGCGACUGCAAGAUGAAGUUCCUGCAUUCAGUGGAGAACGUGCCAAGAAGAUCAUCGAGACGGAGUUGGGAAAACCUGCCAGCGAACUCUUUGCUGAGUUCGAUGACAAGCCGCUGGCGGCGGCGUCGCUGGGACAGGUACAUCGAGCCAAGACCAAGGAUGGUGUGGAGAUGGCCAUCAAGAUCCAACGAGACAACUUGAAGGAGAUGUAUGACUUGGACUUGGCACAGUUCGACAAGAUCGCCGUUACCUUGGACAAGUUCAAGAUCGGCGUUGAAGGGGCGUCAGGUGUUUGGGUGGACAUGUUCGAAGAUGCCAAGGUGAUUUUGUAUCGAGAGAUCGACUACCGAGCCGAAGCGGAAAACACGCAGCGCUGGUACGACAACUUUAAGGACCUGAAGUGGACCACGAGUCCCAAAGUGAUAAAUGAGUUCACCACCUCGAAAGUCUUGGCUCUGACCUUUGUGAAAGGUACCAAAAUCUCUGAUCUCAAGGCACUGGAAGCACAGAACUUUGAUCGAACCUUGUUGGCGAAAAACUUGGCGCGGGCCUAUCUGCUGGCAUUUUGUAAGUAUGGCUUCUUCAACACGGAUCCUCAUCCGGGCAAUUUGGCCGUGGAUGAUGGCUACCCCGGUGGCCGUUUGAUCUUCUACGAUUUCGGGCAGGCCUGUGAGCUCUCUGACAAACAGGCAGAUGGGAUUUUGCAAGUGAUUCAAUCCAUCGUGGAUUUUGAAGCUGAAGCCUGCGUCAAAGCCAUGAAAAACCUUGGAUGUCUCAAGGAGGGUUCAGCCCCUUGGCCUAUCCUUCAACUUUACUCAGUUUUUGGGGCUUUUCCAAUCUUUUCCGCCCUUGCUUUAGCAACAGUUUAUUUGAUGCUUUUAGCCCAGCAUUUGGUCAACGACCAUGCGGUGACUUCACCAAGAUUGGGGGGAGGACAUGAAUUUCACAGUUUCACGCGGGUAUUUGAAUCGAUGAGCAAAGGGAUUGGAACCCAAGUGCCCAAGUGGAAGAGCAACGAAGAGCAACACAUUUGGGGCCACUGCUUUUGGAUGACUCGGCCUAUAUAA